AUGGCAGAGCAACUUGCUGAUAUUCUGAAACAAAUUCAGAAUCAAAAUCAUCAAGACAAUCUUGCAAUGCAGAAUCUUAUCGCAAAAUUGUUUAAAGAAGGAAAAUCAGAAGUAGCGGAGCAUUCAUCGUCAACAUCCAAGCCAACAGAACCAGAAUUCAUAAUUGAAGCACUUGCAUCAAACAUCACAGAAUUUUGUCACGAUACAGAAAAUAACAUUACAUUUGACACUUGGUACAUGCGGUACGAAGAUCUGUUUCUAAUCGAUGCUGCAAAAUUGGAUGAUGCCGCAAAAACACGAUUGCUUUUACGUAAAUUGAACACCAUUGUUCAUAAUAAAUACAUCAAUUAUAUUCUACCAAAUCAUAGUCGUGAUUUUACUUUUAAAGACACAGUAGAAAAACUCAAGAAACUUUUUGGAAAUCAGAUUUCACUAUUCAAUACUAGAUUCAAUUGCUUACAGAUAACAAAGCAGCCUACACAAGAUUUCGUUACAUAUGCGAGCAUGGUUAAUAAGCAAUGUGAAUUAUUCAAACUGAAUGAUUUAACUACAGAUCAAUUUAAGUGUCUAAUAUUCAUUAUGGGAUUAAAGUCACCAUCAGAAUUUGAAUUACGCACAAAAAUGUUCAAUAAAUUGGAAAAUGAAAGCACGAAAGUCACGUUGGAGACCUUAUCAACAGAAUGCCAAAAGAUACUAAAUUUAAAAGUCGAUACAAUGCUCAUAGAAAGCAAUGCACAGGUAAAUCGUUUACGUGUCAAUAACCAUAAAACUGAAAAACAAAUCAAAAAUAAUGGCAAGUCAAAAGAAUCUUCAAGUUUACCGAAAACACCUUGUUGGUUUUGUGGUGAAUUUCAUUACUCGCGGCACUUUCCAAUCAAAAAUCACAAAUGCGACAGAUGCAAACUUGUCGGGCAUAAAGAAGGAUAUUGCAAAUACCGAAAAACUCAAAAUGAAAAUCAAAAAUACCAUAAAAUUGAUAAGGGCCGUCAAUUCAAUUCAAAAAGCAUCUUUACUACAAACAAAGUCAAUAUGAUUAAACGCAAAUACAUAUUAGUCAAAAUUAAUGGCACACCAUUAAAUUUGCAACUUGACACAGCAUCAGAUAUAACAAUAAUUUCUGAAGACAAUUUAAAAAAAUCAAAGCCGAUAAUGUUAGCGAAUCAGAACAUACAGCACGCAGCGCAACAGAUGAGUUACCAUUGUCAGCAAAAUUUAAAUGCAACGUAG